GGGAGCGGGGCCUGGCCGCGGAGUUUUUCCCGCAGAUCGUCGACGCCGGCCAGGUUGGAGCCCUGGGGAGGAGGACGUCCCGGCCAUGGAGGAGGCGCAGCCGCUGCCUCCGCCGGAGCUGCCUCUGUGUGACAGCCUUAUCAUCUGGCUGCAGACAUUUAAGACUGCCUCGCCUUGUCAAGAUGUCAAACAGCUGACUAAUGGAGUUACCAUGGCACAAGUUCUUCAUCAAAUUGAUGUAGGCUGGUUUAAUGAAUCUUGGUUAAGCCGAAUUAAAGAAGAUGUUGGGGAUAACUGGAGAAUAAAGGCUAGUAACUUAAAGAAGGUCCUCCAAGGAAUUAUGAGUUAUUACCAUGAGUUUUUGGGGCAGCAGAUUUCUGAAGAACUCAUUCCUGACUUAAACCAAAUAACAGAAUGUUCAAAUUCUGUGGAACUUGGGAGGUUGCUCCAACUGAUUCUAGGCUGUGCAGUCAACUGUGAAAAGAAGCAAGAACAUAUUAAAAAUAUAAUGACACUGGAAGAGUCUGUUCAGCAUGUGGUCAUGACUGCUAUUCAAGAGUUGAUGAGUAAAGAAAUUGUAAGCCCUCCCACAAGUGAUGCUGUUGGAGAAUUAGAACAACAUCUUAAAAGGGCUUUAGAACAACUUCAGGAAGCCAUGGCAGAAAAAGAAGAGUUGAAGCAGAGAUGCCAAGAACUAGAUAUGCAGGUGACUGCACUUCAGGAUGAGAAAAACUCACUGGUCUCUGAGAAUGAGAUGAUGAAUGAAAAGCUUGACCAGUUGGAUGGCUCUUUUGAUGAUCCUAAUACAGUGGUGGCUAAGAAGUAUUUUCAUGCACAGUUACAGCUGGAACAGCUACAAGAAGAAAACUACAGACUUGAAGCUGCAAAAGAUGAUUACCGUGUGCACUGUGAAGAACUUGAAAAGCAACUGAUUGAAUUUCAGCAUAGGAAUGAUGAACUGACAAGUCUUGCUGAAGAAACAAGAGCUCUAAAAGACGAGAUUGAUGUUCUUCGGGCCACCUCAGACAAAGCAAAUAAACUGGAGUCAACAGUUGAGAUGUACCGUCAGAAGCUCCAAGAUCUAAAUGACCUCCGCAAACAGGUGAAGUCUUUGCAGGAAACAAACAUGAUGUACAUGCACAACACCGUCAGCUUGGAAGAGGAGCUAAAGAAGGCAAAUGCCGCACGAGCACAGUUGGAAACAUAUAAGCGGCAGGUUCAGGACCUUCACACUAAGCUUUCCUCUGAAUCCAAAAGAGCAGACACGCUAGCAUUUGAAAUGAAGCGGCUUGAAGAAAAACAUGAAGCUUUACUUAAAGAAAAAGAGAGACUGAUAGAGCAGCGUGAUACUCUGAAAGAGACUAAUGAGGAGCUACGAUGUUCGAAAGCACAACAAGAUCAUCUAAGCCAAACAGAUACAUCUGCAACAAAAAGUUAUGAGAAUCUUGCUGCUGAAAUUAUGCCAGUGGAAUAUAGGGAAGUAUUCAUUCGACUGCAGCAUGAAAACAAGAUGCUUCGACUGCAACAGGAAGGGACGGAGAAUGAACGUAUAGAGGAGCUGCAGGAGCAGCUGGAGCAGAAGCAUCGCAGGAUGAAUGAGCUGGAGACUGAGCAAAGGCUGAGCAAAGAGCGCAUCCGAGAAUUACAGCAACAGAUCGAGGACCUCCAGAAGUCUUUACAAGACCAUGACUCCAAGUCUGAGGGUGAAAGUUCCAGCAAACUAAAGCAGAAGUUGGAAGCUCAUAUGGAAAAACUAACAGAGGUGCAUGAAGAAUUACAGAAGAAACAAGAGCUCAUUGAAGAUCUUCAGCCAGAUAUAAGUCAAAAUGUGCAAAAGAUCAAUGAACUUGAAGCUGCUCUUCAAAAGAAAGAUGAAGAUAUGAAAGCAAUGGAAGAAAGAUACAAAAUGUACUUAGAAAAAGCCAGAAAUGUAAUAAAGACUUUAGACCCCAAAUUAAAUCCAGCAUCAGCUGAAAUAAUGUUACUUAGAAAGCAGUUGGCUGAGAAAGAGAGAAGAAUUGAGAUUUUGGAGAGUGAAUGUAAAGUAGCAAAAUUCCGUGAUUAUGAAGAAAAACUCAUUGUUUCUGCAUGGUAUAAUAAGAGCCUCGCAUUCCAGAAAUUGGGGAUGGAGUCUCGGCUUGUGAGUGGUGGAAGUGCUUGCAAAGAUGCCAGCACAGGCGCCCCUGCUCGGUCCUUCCUAGCACAGCAGCGGCAUAUCACCAGCAGCCGAAGAAAUCUCUCUGUUAAAGUUCCAGCCACAGCAUCUGACUAAAGUACAAAAGGAAACAUAAACAGAAGUGCCCUUAAAAUGUUUUUUACUUCCCAACUCACUAUCAAAUUGAAAACAAACGUUAAGAUGUCUGGUAUCAACUAUUUUUAAAUAGUUUUUAAGUAGAAGGCAUCAAAUUCAUUUUGCCAGCUCCCUUUGAAAACAAAGUACAGAAUCAGCUAUCACUCUGGGGCAGCACAUUUGAAUACUACAAAGAUGUAACUAAGCAUACAUCUUCGACAAACCAUUGUCUUGAGAGGGUAUCACAAUCUGAAAUGGACUCUGAAUAUUCUAACUUUUCACUUGGAACAAGGUUAAUUCAUAAUUUUAAAUGUAUCUAGGUUUAUUUCUGGUUGGGGUCCAUAAAAAAAUAGUAUUGAGUUAGGCACAUGGAAGAGAACCUGGUUGUAAGGGUGAUUUCUUUGUCUUGAUACACAAUUUCACUUCUACAUGCUGAUUCUGUCAUCGAAUGAAUAUAUUUGUUUAAUUCUAUGGGACAUACGGUGCUGGAAAGGUCUGACUAUCUGAAUGGUUAUGAAAGAUGUUGCAGAUUCUUCAUAUUACAGUUCUUAUAUGCACUCCUGUUAACAAAGCUCCUGGAGAUCUUGAUUGAAGGUUGGAGAUCAGCUGACAUUUCUAAGAGGUGCUUUGCUGAUGGGCAGCAAGCUGAAACAAUAUACUUUGAAAUAUCCACAUACUUUUAAAUGCAGUUAAUGCAAAUUUCAGACUGGUUUUAGGCAUAAAAAUCACUGGCCUUCUGAGUUAAACAAAAGAUAUAUUAUGGUGUAGUUUUACCUCUUCCUUGAAAAGAGAUGUACUGAUAAAACAAUGUAGAGUCAGUUUCAUGUUUAUUUGCUAAGAAGUUUGUUGUGGGCUGAGUAUGUGGUAUUUAGUUCAUUUCUGCUUGUGGUUCUUAUUUUCCGACAUGCUAUUUUCUAAGUUAGGGAUCAUGUACAAAAGUCACAACUUUGGUAUGUUAGUUGUGUUAAACCAGUAUUCAAGAUUUUAUCUGGAAGCUACAUAUGGCAAUUUAAAAUAAUUAAGGUUUUAAAAUUUGGUUCAUUCAUUCCUUCAGGCACAUUUCCAAUACCCACUGCCCACUGUGGCUGUUGGGCAGUUCAAGAAUAGAACAUUGCCAUCAGUGCAGAGCACUCUCUGCACUGUAGGUGGUGCCACAUUCUUGCUUUGUGGUAGCUUAUAGUUCUUUCAUAUUAGAUCACACAAUUAAAAAGUGUUAGAACUGUUUCAUACAUGGAGAGGUUGGCUUGUGACAGAAGUAACAUCUUAAAUUCUGUGUAAUGGAAUCCCAUAUAUGAUGGCAUCUACAAUCUUCCCAAUACUGUUCAGCCAACAAACAGCAAAGACCUGGCAGCACUGUGUGCAGCCUAAGCAUCAACAAGCUUUCUGGGCAGUUAGCUAUUCAUCUCUUCCCUCAUAGCAUGGAAAAGGUUAUACAUAAUAUGAAAACAACAUGGGUGUGGCAUUGGGUCAGUGAAAUUUUAUCAUAAGAUUUAGCUGGCAAACUACAGACCUGUGAUCUAGAUCUGGUCCUUAGUCUCUCCAAAUGUGAGUAUUGUUCCCUUUGCAGUGUUACUUAUUUAGAGAUCUGUUUCUUAAUUCUUACCUAAUAAUUUUAACCACUGAUUACAUAAGAAUUUUACUGUGCAUCUGGGUGUCUGAGAUUAGUGGGCAUCUGCUGAGACUUGUUCUAAUCAGGGUUACUUUGUUGACUACCUCGUAGAUCUGUAUGCUUUUCGUCUGUGCAGUAACUGUCAGCUUGAAGUUUCUGUGUUCUUGUUGUGUUUGCUUGCCUGUGAUUUCUAGUGAAUUAAGCAUAUUUUAGCAUGCUCUUUAAAACUUUCUAAAUACUACAGCAUUUGGAUAUAUUUUGGUGAAUGAAGAUAUUGAUGCUGGAAUUUCUACUUAUAAUUGAUAUAUAAUGGAAUUUGUAAAACAUCACCUUCAGUAAGUGUUUUCCAGAACAGUUGCCCACAAAUUUACAAUUAUACUUGAAUUUCUAAAUAAUUCCUAUAACUAAUAAGGACUUAAGAAUUGAUUCCUUUUUUUAAUAAAUAAAAAUUUUUCUGAUUUAUCAUUUUUCUAGUUGGUGAGAAUUUAAAAUGUUUGGUAUAUUUGUAUAAUAAUACUAUAAAGUUCUGUGUUAUUAUGAGCAAUCAUACAGAAAUUCAGGAACUGAUCAGAAGUGACUUUUUUCCACAUCUGGUUAAUGUAGUGAGAUUGACACCCUGUGGGUGAUAAAGCAUUACAAAUAUAUCAUCAUGAACCAUAAUUUAUACAAAUCUGUGUUGCAAGGGUGGUGUAAUUGCAUAAACUGUGGAAAUUGAUAGGAAAUCAAAUGUCUUGUGAUUUUAAAGACCACAGACCGAUUUGAAAUGAUGUUUAAUUUUGAGCUUUUGUUCUUAGAUUGGUACUUUCUCUCAUUUUAAAGUGUAUUCAUAUGACAGUGAUGUUUAUAUUGAGAUUUGUUUAAUGUAUUGAAAAACAUUUGAAGUCUAUUUUUUAAAUGAAUAAGGCUAAUGAUUUAGUAGAUUAAAAAUGUCUUGCCUAGAAAUAUUUAACUGAGUAUCCUUUACUCAGUUGUUAUCUUCAAAGCCCCCUCCACCGUCACAUGUUCUGUGUAGUAGCAUAGCUGGCCCUUUGGGAUUGGGGAUGUCUUUAAGCCAGAGUACUCUCUUUAGUACUCUAUCAUGUACUUAAUGAGAAACAAAAUGUGUGAAUAUGGUUGUAUGCACCCAUUCUUCUUGUGACCCUGCUCAUUGUUAAAAAAAAAUAGUUUGUACAUUUAUAACAUUUAUAAAGCACAAGUCAUAAAAGGAAAUAGUGUGCAGUUACUAAAUUUGAGUAACUUAAAUGUUUAAUGUUUAGUUUAUUAAAAGGUCCUAUUUUCUAUGGCAAAUACUUUCACACUUGAAAAAUAGAUGCAAUAUUUGAUUUAUUUUUGUAAGUAUUUAGAACAUUAUUUUAAAUAAUUGUCUGACAAUAUAGUUGUGAGAUGUUUUAAGUAAAUAAAUUCUGCAUCUGUAUCUGCUUGUUGUGGUGAGUUUUUA